AUGUCCGACGGACUCUGCGUCCCAGAUACUAGGCCCACGCCGAGGAUGAGGCCGUUUCGUGAUAUCCUCGCAGACGAUCGCAAAAACCUAGAAGCGAUGGAAGAGUACGCAAGUCGGGUGAAGAGAGAUGGUCCCUUACAGCCGAAGUCAAGGAUCCCAUUGCAUGGAUAUCGCGUGAGCCCCCAAGAGGAAGAAGUCUUACAAACGCGUUUCAGCACUCAGUACCCACGGCUACUUGAGCCACUUCGGAACCAGGGUCCGAUCACAUGGACUCAUGUACUGCUCGAAUCACUCAAGCGCAGUGAUUUCAUCGCAAAGGAGAACGGGCUUUACCAAUGCCAGGUACAAGGGGCUUCGAUACAAGUGACUUCCCAGGAUUUGGAAGAGAUAUUGAAUGAGCUUGGGAUUUGCCGACGAGUGAUUACUGAACCUUACUCUGAUGCGGCAGAGAGUGAGACAAGGCAGGAAGUUGCUGGGUGCGUGGCUGCACAAAUGGAGUCUCUUCUUAAAAGAUACAACGCGUGCCAGAGCAUCCUUGAUAUUGUCAAUGGGCCUUCCAAACCGAAGAAUAUCGGGGCCAAAGCCCUCCCCACACCCGCUGUGUCUGCAACAGACGAUGGACAGAGCUCGCCGGGAGCAGCACAAGAGUCCAGAAACAUCAGAUCAGCGUGUCUACCACCGAAAACACGAGCACUUCCGGCCUUAGCCUCGGGAUUGAGGAAAAGAUCAAGGCGAAGUGGAAAUGGAGUGGAUGUCAGACCGGACACCCACCCAGUUCCCCGCCGAGAGAAUGUACCCGAGACCGGUAGUGAAGACUCAAGUUCCGAUGAUGAGUCCACUGGCGGAGACAUUCCGCAUGAUUUUGGUAGACGAAGGGACACAGCGAUUUUAGGAUCCUCCAGAUCGCGUGUUGGAUCUAUGGAACAUCGAGAAACCCCUAGAGAUCCUGGCCACACGAACAGGACGUUUCAUCACGAGAAGCCUGCAAAGAAGAGUCGCUUAUACUCCUGUCGUGAGAUGGAUGAAGCCAAACCCUUUCUGAUGAAACUCGUUGCAAUGGGCUCCACCGAAUCGGAAGUCGAGGAGGCCUACAUGCGCAAAUUUAAUGCCAUUCGAUCCGUUCAUAACCUCCUUGAGAAAUUUGAAUUGGGGCAUCUGCAAUCCGAAUUGGAGGGAAAUGCAAAAGUGCGAAACAGAAGAAGAUCCGACCUCCAAUUAUUGCUCCAAGGUUGA